AUGAAAGAUGAGAACAACGGCGUUCCGAUGACAGACUACGUAGGGCUCAAAUCUAAACUAUACUCAACUAAGGUGUUGCAAACGGAGGAGGAUGUAACAAAAAAUCGGAAAAAGAUGCAGGAUGCUAAGUAUGAUGAUGAGGAAAUAGAUGCUGAAAUUAAGAACAUGGUUAUCACUAAAAAGGCAAAGGGUGUAAAAUCUUCUAUCUUGAAAACAGAGAUUACAUUCGAGGAUUAUGAUGAAUGUCUCGAUAGUUUUAAACAAAAGAUAGUUUCCCAACAUUUAAUUCGGUCUGAGAAGCAUCAGGUGCAUUCUAUAAUACAACAGAAGAUUGGUCUUUCAUAUGAGGAUGAUAAACGGUACCUCAUCUCUGGAACAGAUAAUACUCUGCCCUGGGGACAUAAUGCAAUACCAUCAACUUCCUCGAAAAAAAAAGAUGGAUGUAGAUGUAGCCAUUGA